AUGGCCAGCUCCGCUUCACCGCGACCAGGCGGCUCCCUCUCCUUCCACGCGCCUCCCUCAGGGUCAACUUGUAUCGGUUCCCGACGCGAAUCGUCGAAACACGGCGAUCCUGCAUCAAUAAGGGCCUCGGCCUUGAACCGCGCAGAGGAGAACAUCGGGAGAUUAUCUUCCGAGUCGUUCAUGUCGCAACGCUGCUCUGGCGGCGGUCAUCCGCGUCACUCCUCCUCCGUGACUACGACUUCCGCGUCGUUCGCGGAUAACGCCGGACCGAGCUCUCCCGACGAGGUUCCUGUUCGGAUAGGCUCCUCGCUCGCGACACCAGCUCACAUCAACGCAUGGUACGGGAAGUCAGACCACAUUGCUGCUUUCUGGCACUGA